UUGUUGCUUGAAAACCCUAAUAAGUAAAACUUCUCAACUGAAAUCUCUACUGUAUUCGCACUGUGAUUCAUCUCAUUUUGAUCCAGCAAUUUCUAAACCAGUAAUUAAGGUUUAGGAUAUUGCCAGAAAUGCCUCCGAAAGCAGCUAAAUCAAAGGAAGCCCCAGCUGAGAGGCCGAUUCUAGGACGUUUUUCUUCUCACCUGAAGAUUGGAAUCGUCGGGUUGCCAAAUGUAGGGAAAUCGACUCUAUUCAAUACCCUUACCAAGCUGUCUAUACCAGCUGAAAACUUUCCUUUCUGUACCAUUGAACCCAAUGAGGCUCGAGUUAACAUUCCGGACGAGAGAUUUGACUGGCUAUGCCAACUCUUCAAGCCCAAGAGCGAGGUAUCAGCUUUCCUAGAAAUUCAUGAUAUCGCUGGACUUGUUCGUGGUGCUCAUGAAGGACAAGGACUGGGGAACAACUUCUUAUCGCAUAUACGUGCUGUUGAUGGAAUUUUUCAUGUAUUACGUGCAUUCGAGGAUCCUGAUAUUAUCCAUGUUGAUGACUUAGUGGAUCCUGUAAGGGAUCUAGAGACAAUAUCUGCCGAAUUACGUCUGAAGGAUAUUGAAUUCAUGGAGAGGAGAAUUGAAGAUCUUGAGAAGAGCAUGAAGAGGAGCAAUGACAAGCAGCUGAAAAUUGAGCUUGAGUUGUGCCUGCGGAUCAAGGCAAGUUUGGAUGAGGGAAAAGAUGUCCGCCUGGUGGACUGGAAAGCUGUUGAAGUUGAGAUACUGAAUACUUUUCAGUUGCUCACUGCAAAGCCUGUUGUUUACUUGGUGAACAUGAGUGAGAAAGACUAUCAAAGGAAAAAGAACAAGUUUCUCCCAAAGAUUCAUGCUUGGGUGCAAGAGCAUGGUGGUGAAACCAUGAUCCCUUUCAGCUGUGCUCUUGAGAGGAAUCUUGCUGAUCUAUCCCCUGAUGAAGCUGCUAAAUAUUGUGAGGAGAACAAGGUUCAAAGUGCUCUUCCAAAGAUCAUAAAGACUGGAUUCGCAGCCAUUAAUCUUAUUUACUUUUUCACUGCCGGACCAGAUGAGGUAAAGUGCUGGCAAAUCCGUCGUCAGACUAAAGCUCCUCAAGCUGCAGGAGCAAUUCAUACUGAUUUUGAGCGAGGUUUCAUAUGUGCUGAGGUUAUGAAAUUUGAAGAUCUUAAGGAACUUGGAAGUGAAUCAGCAGUGAAGGCUUCUGGGAAGUACCGGCAGGAAGGGAAGACGUAUGUUGUCCAGGACGGGGACAUUAUUUUUUUCAAGUUCAAUGUCUCCGGUGGUGGGAAGAAGUGAGGUUUUCCAUCCCUUUUUUCAUUGCCAAUUCUAGAGGUUGAGAAAUGAAUACUACUAUAAUUGUAAGUUAUAAUCAUGCUUUGGGUGGUUCAUGAGCAUUGUACAAAUUUCGUGAUCUUGAUUAGAAGUACGGAAUAUCACUCUGUUGUACUAGUUUUGCUUCUCGAUCCCCAACUGCUAUCUUUUGUGAUUGCCUAUAAAUUUCCAGUCAUAAAUGGUUGGAUAAUUGAAAUCCGAAAUGUACCAUCAA